AUGAACAGAACAGAAAAGCAACCCCAGAAGGAAGCCCACACUUGUACAGACAACUUAUCUUCAACAAGGGAAAAUAAUCCAGGGCAAAGGCUGGUCUCAUCAACAAAUGCGUUUGGAACAAAUGGACAGCAGCCUGAAAAGAAAAGAAGCAAGACUACCAUCUGCCACCUUAUAAAAAACCAGCUAUCUGUGGAUGAAGCAUCCAAACUUGGUUCUUUUUUUAGAAGCUCCAGCACGGCCAAUGUAUCUAAAAUGUUUUACUAUGCUGAGAUGAGCAAAAUCUCUGCUUAUGUCAUCAUUAAAAACGUGUAUUUUUUGCAAUCUGGCAUUGAAAUCUUAGCCAAUGUCUCCCUCCUCUUCUUCCACGUCUUCACAAUCCAUCUGGUUCAUAGGCCAAGGCCCACUGAUAUAAUGGCCUGUCACCUGGCUUUUGUUCACAUAGUUAUGCUUCUUACUACACUUGACAUUUUAUCUGAAGACAUGUUCAGGUUGCUGAAUUUUUCAAAUGAAUUCAAAUGUAAGCUUGUGCUUUACAUGAGUAGAGUGUCCAGGGGUCUCUCCAUCUCCACUACCUGUCUCCUGAGCAUUGUUCAGGUCAUCACCAUCAGUCCCAGCUCCUUCUACUUGUCAAGAUUUAAACGUAAACUCACAAAACAUAUUGCCAUUGCUUUCUUCUGUAUUUGGUCCCUCAACCUGUCUUCCAAUAGCAACAUGAUCAUAUACACUGUAGCUCAUUCCAACAGGACCAAUUUAUUCAAUGUCAGUAAGCACUGUUCACGCUCCUCAAUGAACUCCAUCAUCAUGGCACUAUAUUUCCUGCUUGUGUUGUCCCAGAAUGUCUUCUUUGUAGGAAUGAUGCUGCUCUCCAGCAUGUACAUGGUGAUUUUCUUAUAUAGCCAUCAGAGGAAGUCUGCGUACCUUCACAGUAUCAGUAUUUCCCUAAGAAUUUCCCCAGCAAAACGGGCCACCCGUACGGUCCUACUGCUUGUAAGUUUCUUUGUGAUUAUGUACUGUGUGGAUAUCGUCAUAUCAUUCUUGUCAUCCAUAUUGUGGAGAUAUGAACCACUUGUUCUGUAUGUCCAGACACUGGUGGGAAAUGCUUAUGCCACUGUCAGUCCACUGGUGCUCAUUAGUUCAGAUAAAAGUGUAAUUGGAAUCCUGCAGAAAAUCUUGGACCUGUCCAGAUUGUUAUCAGUCCCUUUACCCGAACCAGCCCUGGGAGCCACCAAACCCCGGAGCCUGCAGCUGAAUCUGUCUCCUGUUACUGGCAGGGACUCUGCAUGCGCAGAUAACGGGAACCAACAGUGGAAUCAGAAGUCAAACCUAGGCGCUCUGACAUGUGGGACAGACUUCUCCAGCAGCUUCACUGUCCCACCAAGGCAUGACUAUCCCAUUUACACCAUGUGUGAACUUAUUAACUGA